AUGUAUAUUGAAUCGUUAACACGGUUAUCUAACGAUAUCAUAAAGUUAAUACAUAAUUCUGAAGGAUACGACGUUAAAAUAAAAGUCGGAGAAUCUCCAAAUACACAAGAAUUUAAAGCUCAUUCGUUAAUAUUGAGAGCUAGGUCUCCUUAUUUUAAUAGAGCUUUAUCACACGACUGGACAAGAAAACAAGAAAACUUUAUCGUAUUUGAGAAACCUAAUGUGUCACCUAAUAUUUUCGAGAUCAUAUUACGAUACAUUUAUGGAGAUAUAUUCAAAUUAGAAGACUAUGACCCUUUUGAUAUUCUUGACUUUCUUAUUGCUGCCGAUGAACUAAUGGUUGAUGAUGGUUUAAUAGAUCAUGUCCAAACAUAUUUGAUUCAUUCAAAGUCUGUUUGGAUAAAUGAAAACCUUUUAGAUAUUCUUACAGUUAUUUCUCCUUGUGAUUCUUGUCAACUAUUACGAGAGUAUUGUCUUGAUAAGAUAAUUUCACAGGAUUUAAUAACCUUCUUUGAUGCAGAUUGGUUUCCUUCCAUUAAUGAAUUUAUACUUUUGGCUUUAUUACAACGUGAUGACCUUGGAUUGAGCGAAACUGUCUUAUGGAGAUAUGUUUUAAAGUGGGGUAUCUUAAAUACGAUUGGCCUCGAAAAAAACAUUGAGCAAUGGUCUCCUGAAGAUUUUACAACUUUGAAAACGACUCUACGUAGAUGUAUACCGCAUAUUAGAUUUUUCCAAAUGUCAUGUUCAGAUUUUUAUCAACACGUUCAACCUUUCGCAAUGAUCUUACCCGAAAAUCUUCUGAAUAAUAUAACACUUUAUCACCAAAUGGAAGAUCACAAUUUAAUAAUAUUACCACAACCAAGAAGCCCAGCAAUGCGAAUCAAUUCUUCUGUCAUUAUUAAUUCGAAAUGUGGAAAGAACAUUAUAAAUUUGAUAGAGAAAAAUCCUUUCCCAUCUAAUAAUAAAAAUAUUAAUUGUGCCUAUGAUUUUAAUUUAUUAUAUCGAGCAAGUUGUGAUGAAUACCAAUCAUUUCACAAAAAUUGUGAUAAUAUUGGAUGGUUUUCAUUUAGUCGUGGAUCAAAAGAUUGUUUUAUAUUUUCUCUUGGUACUGAUGAAAAAAAAGCAGAACUUGAAAAAGAAGUGAAAUGGCCGGACCUUUAUGUUAGUCUUAAGCGCGAUCGACCUUUUGGGUAUCGCCAAAAUAGAUGUUAUAAAUCUAAAGUUUUUAACAGACAAGGUAGUUUUAAAUGGGAGGAUUGGGAGGUAUUCCAAAUUAUUAAAAAGGCACAACAAAAAUAUGGAUUAACUUGGUCUAAUAAUCAAUUUGAUUGGCUAAAAGGUAUUAGAUUAUGA